AUGUCGCUUGACGAUUUGAGUGCAGCACAGCCAACGCAGCAGUUUCCGCUAUGUGAUUUGGAAUCAUCUGAUGACGGCUCUUCGUCGGUGAUAAGUGAACCUGAAAAACGACAAGGAGCCAAACAGCGACAGGGCUCGUCAGCAUCAUUGAUACAAAUUUCUUUAGCUGCUGGUAGUAAUGGGUCACAGCGUGCGCACAGCUCGCCGCUGCCAGCUUAUCCAGUGAGCAUACGUCAGCAGCUGGCUAUCAUAAAACAGCGUUGGGUUGAAAAUGUUUACAUAAGUUAUGGCUUGAUUUAUGGUACUUGUUGGUUUUAG